AUGCUCGCAUCUCGUAGCGUUCGCGCCGCCGCCGUUGCCGCUACUGCUGCGGCUGCGCCCAUGCGCUCGUCUCCUAUCGCAGCGCGUGCAUUCGCAACAGUGACACGGUCGUCGACGAGGCCUCGAACCUUGCUCGCAUCGCCAACAGUCGCGGCGAGAUCAUUUGAGCAAGUGGGACGACGCACGCUAUUCACUCGAGCACCGCCAACGCCGCUGGCCCGCACCAAGCAGUACAUCUAUCUCGUCUUUGCCCUUGCGGCGGGUACGCUCGGUGUCGCAUACUAUGUAGACUCCCGAUCGGCCAUCCACCGCUGGAUCGCCAUUCCUGCGCUCAAAGCGUUCCUCGACCCUGAAUCUGCCCAGAAGCUCGCCAUCAAGAUGCUUGAGACGGGACUGGCACCGCGCGACCUUGUCGAUGACGACGCUGUGCUCGAAACCGAACUCUUCGGCAGGAAGCUCUCGAACCCGAUCGGCCUUGCCGCUGGCUUUGACAAGCAGGCCGAGGCCAUCGAUGGUCUACUUGAUCUUGGCUUUGGCUUCAUCGAGAUCGGCAGUGUCACGCCCGAGCCGCAGCCGGGUAACCCGCAACCACGCUACUUCCGCCUGAUCGAGGACAACGCCUGCAUCAACCGUUUCGGCUUCAACUCGGAAGGUCACAAUGUCAUCCUCAGCCGUUUGAGGGAUCGCAUCCGAAGGUGGCUCCUUCACUCGUCGAGCGUGGCUAGCUUGCAAGACGCGCUCGUUGCGGCGCCCGACUCGGCCACUGCGGAUGCUAGGCAGUUGAUCGCUACGCACCCCAAGAGCACCUCGGCAUUUGUCGACGCUACGGACCUGCCUCGAAGCUUGCGACCGGCCAAGCUGCUCGGCAUCAACCUGGGUAAGAACAAGACUAGCAAGGAGGAGAGCGUCGACGACUAUGUCAAGGGUGUCGAGCGUCUUGGACCGUAUGCCGACAUGAUCAUCGUCAACGUCAGCAGUCCCAACACACCCGGUCUGCGUCGUCUCCAGCGCCGUGGCGUGCUCGAGGACCUGCUGACUCAGGUGGCCAAGGCUCGCGACGGCAUGGUCGAGUCGCAUCUGCGAUUCUCGGACAAGAAGGUGCCUGUGCCUCUGCUCGUCAAGAUCGCACCGGACCUGAGCGAGGAGGAGCUGCACGACGUGGCCGAUGCAGCGCUCAAGAGCGGUAUCGAUGGGCUGGUCAUCAGCAACACCACCAUCUCUCGCCCGGCAUCGCUCCGAUCAUCCGAGCACGUCCGCGAGACGGGCGGUCUGUCCGGCCCACCCGUCAAGCCGCUUGCGCUCAAGGCGCUCACCACGGUGCACAAGCGCUUGGAGGGAAAAUUGCCCAUCAUCGGAUGCGGUGGUAUCGCCAACGGUCAGGACGCGCUGGAUUUCGCCAAGGCCGGUGCCAGCGCCAUUGAGCUGUACACGUCUUUCGGCUACCAGGGCGUCGGCCUACCGCGACGACUCAAGGACGAGCUGGUGGAACUGCUCAAAGCCGAGGGCAAGACGUGGAAGCAGGUCGUGGGAUCUGGUAUCGACCUGUCCAGCAUCUCGAUUGCCGCUCCCAACGCCGAAACCCCCACGGGUCUGCACCCGGGCAGUGACGCCGCGUUUGAAAAGAGCGUCGCCAGCGUCAAGCUCGAGCUCGACGGACUGCGUGAAAAGUUCGGCCUCAACCAGACACUGACCAAGGAGAACUUGCAGAGCUUCCUGCCCACGCGCGAGUCGGAUGCGAGCUACUACGAUCUCAUCCAGCAGGCUCACUCUGCGCUUGGGCUCGAGUUCGCAGCCGGUGAAAAGACCUCGCUCUCGGCACCUUCUUCCACCGCUCCCCCCAAGCAGGACAAGCCCACCGCAGGCGAGAAACAGGUGGCCAAGGCGCAGGAGCUGCUGCACGAUCCCAAAGUGCCGAAUGUUAACGUGGACCUCAAGGAAAAGACGCGCAAGGUGUUUGGCGAGACGACGCAGGGUAAAGUGCUCGAGGCUAAGGAAAACGCGGCGAAUCGCGAUUUCGCAAAGAUCGACAAGGUCCGUGUUGUCUAA